AUGUUCGCCUGCUUCUUGUUGGGCAGUGCUGUGGCCUAUACCCUAGUCAUGGUUAUUUAUCGUCUUCAUUUCCACAAACUCAGUAGGUUCCCAGGGCCUCGCCUUGCUGCUGCAACAGGUUUGUAUGAGAUUUACUUUUCCGCCUGGGGUCCGGGCAUUUUCGAGUAUGAGAUUGAAAAUAUGCACCGAAAGUUUGGUCUCGUCGUUCGUAUUACUCCCGAUGAGGUCCACAUCCAAGAGCCGUUCGGGACUUUUAGGUAUUCGGACGGCGGGGUCAAAGGUACUCGGGAACUGGAAUCUGGCCAUUAUCGACCAGGACGCAACACCCAUAGUUUCCAGUACAAGAGACCAUCAAUCUCUCGAGUACGAUCGAUGCUCCGAGUGGAAGUCAAUCAUAUUAUCAACAGCUUGAUUGAGAAGCAUCAAGUGCAUAGAAUGUUUAGCUCAAGGCCUCGGUUUUUUCUUGUCUCCCCUUGGAGUGAGAAAAAGGUUCAGCCCCUCGGAGAAAGCGUUGAAGACGGAGAUGCUCGUUCUUAG